AUGUAUGUACAAAUGCAUAAUAAAGGCUACAUAUGUACAUAGGUAUUACUUUUAACUCAGACGAAUAUUCGCAUGUGUGCGUGUAUACAACAAUAUGCGCUCAAAAUAUUCGUAGUAAAAUGAAAUGCGUACAUUUGGUAGCAUUUAAGUGAAGAAGCAAAAGAUAGGCAAGGAGAUUUGUGCAUAACGUUCAUUUAUUUUUUUACAUCUGAAUUUCCGAUAUUUUCUCUGAACUCUUAAGUAUUGCAAUUUUUUAUGGAGAGCGCUCUUUUUCAAGCCUCUUUGAAAGGUUCUUAAAUACUUUCAGUUAAUCUCAUUUGCUCUCUCAUAAAAGUUUGCUUUGUUUAUUGUGAUUUCUUUAUAAAAGUGAAAUAAACAGUUUAAUCACUUUUCUACAAUUUCCACAUUUUUUCAAAUAUCUCUCCAGUGGUAAUUUCUGGUGUCUCGUGACCGAAUGUCAAUACUUUCUUCUUUUUUUUAAUGUCGAUAUAUACAUACAUACAUAUGUAUAAGUAAACAACAUAAAGCUGUCAGUUAAUCCAAGAGCCAAUUAUGUGCAAUUCUUAAACAUUCAUAUAUGUACAUAGCUUCAAAAAAGGUUAUUAGUUUGUGUGAAAACUGCGAGUGACUAAGCCAAAUAUGAAUUUUGGACUCACUCUGAAGUAAAAGUAACAUUUUAUUUUAGCAGUUUUCUCUCACGAAAAUAUAAAUGUAUUAAACACAUACAUAUGCAACUCAUACAUAUAUAAAUAUUUUUUUAUUACCUAAGAUACUCUAAAAUUUAAAGAGCAAACUCACCACAUCAUUCAUUCAUUCACAAUAGAUAAGUUCCGACACAUUGAACAUUGAAACGCUUCGGCACACUGUGUUUUUGUCACUCGAUGUGAGCGGAUGUUUGGCAUAAUCGUUGGCGUAGUGUGUUUAUUCAGUUACUUUGUGAAAAAAAUAUCAAAAUAAUAUAAUACAAAAAAAAAAGAGAAAUACAAUUUAUAAAACAACCACUGGUUUCGUUUUUGUGUGUGGUGAUGAUUUCAUUUGCUUUGUUUGGAAAUCGACGUGACGUAUAGAUACAUAUGUAUGUAUAUGUACAUAUGUACAUAUCUGAAUAAGUGAGAAAAGUAAAAGCAAAAUAUUUAAGAAAUUCAACAAAAUUAAGUUAUUGAAUAAAUACGUUCAUUUUUUUUUUGAUUAUAUAUAAAACGGAAAUAACGGAUUUAUAGAAAAUAAAAUAUCAAUAAACCGGAACGGGAGUCACGACAACUACACGCUAUACAUAUUUUCAUACGUUAUAACGCGAAAAAUCCAUUAUACAUAGUUGGUUUCCUUAUUCACAGCAGCUGAUGGGCUUAUUCUACGCAGAAACAUAUUGAAUGUAAAUCUAUAUAAGGAAUUGCUUAUAGUGCUUAUAAUCAUUUAAAGAAAAUAUAUCUAACAACAGAGAUUAAAAACCUAAAAGAUUUUACUAAAUACAUACAUACAUACUUACAAGAAGCAUUAAAAUUUUUCUAUAUACAUAUGUAUGUAAAUAGUAACAUGGACAGCUGAAAAUUUAACAAAGAGAGUAAAACAAUACACAGAUGAUGUCACAUGAUAUGAGCUAAAACAGGAUUUUGUCUUCUACCGGAGUAAAGAUUGUUUUAUUGCAUAUUUUGGUUGGUUGGUGGUUUGUUUUUGGUUGAUAAACAUUUGUUGCAAGCAUUUACGCCAAUGCAAGAAUACAUACAUAUAAUGUAUUAUCUAAGUUCAUAUCUUCAACCUUUUUGUUUGGGAAUUUACACUGAAUUGCAACUACAAAACUACUAAAAAAAAAAACCCACAAACUCACGAGAGUGAGUGCUGUUUUUGCUAUGCAUUUUGGCGCUGGGAAUCAUGCGAGCGAACGCAAAUCAGCUGGCUUAGUGUGUGUGUAUGUUUUUGUGGAUUCCCUCCAGCCAAAGUUCCGCGGAUUUUCUCUACUUUCUGCCAACGCCAACCAACUCUGAAUAAGCAAGUGUCGUACUUGUAAUUUGCAAAAAAAAAAAAAAAAGGAAGAGAUUUUUCUUUACACAUACAUAGAUAAUUAAAACCAAAACACAAACUUGCCGCCAUGUUGAAUCCCAAUCAUACGGGCGCCACUCGACGUCCAUUCUCACGCAAUGCACCAACUCGAAAUCAUCGCGGCCGUAUGCUCUUCUCACCGCACAAUCAUUCACAUCAUAUGUUGCAGCAACAGCAGCAGCAGCAGCAGCAACAACAACAACAACAGCAACUAAACGGACAUAACCAUACCCAUGCGCACGGUCAAAGCCGAAUGGGCGUUGGCAAUUGCAAUAGCGCCAGCAAUAGUAGCGGAGCAGGAGGUGUUAGUUUGGGUGCCAGUGGUGGUGUCAUGAGCAAUGGUGGACAGUGGUACAAUAGUAAGGACAACAAUAUGGACAACUGGAGUACAGUCGGCGAUAUACAAACAAGUAAUAAUAAGUGUGGAAGUUGUCCGAAUAAAAGCAAAGAAAAUCAAUAUCAACAUCACCACCAACAAAACAUCCGCCAAAACCACCACCACCACCACCACCACCACCAAUACAGUCACAAUUUUUACAUACAUAGCAAAGACAACGAUCAUAGCUCUCACCAAAAUCAUAAUCACAGCCAAAGUAAUCACACCAAUAGUUACGAUUGUAAUAAUAGCGCUCAGCACUAUAGUCAUUGUAUUCCAAAUCAAAUUCAUCAUACGCAAUUGUCUCAUAGUAGUAGUCACAAUCAUUGUCAGCAACAACAAAAACAACAACAGUUGCAACAACAAAUAUAUCAACAUUAUAAAGCAGCAAAAGAAAUUUCCUUAAGUUCUGUAUCAUCAACAUCGGCACAUAUCUCUAACUCUUCAAACGCUACUCUCCUUAACCACCUUGCGUUCAAUCGCUCUCCACAAGCUGCCUUGAAUGCUGAUGCCAACACUGCCAAUAUGCCACCAGCACUAGUUGCGCCCGUAAGCAUAGCGCCCACCAGCAAUAUUUUACACUUCCCCAACCAUAGUCCCAACCCGCCGCCACCCAAUUCGAAACAUUUUGAUCCGGCCAAUAGGAAAAAUGAAAACGAUUGUACAAAAUUAACAGAAGUUAAAAUACCCGCCUUGUUAUCACCCCUCCGGAUAUCCCUUCCAACAAGUGCCGCCGCUUCAGCUAUUUCCAACAAUUUGUAUGCUCAAACCCAUGCUCCGACAAAUUGCCAACAAUUGCUAUCUGCUAGUCCAAAAAUCAAUCAUAUUUCGAACCCAAAUCCGAGUCAGAAUCAAAACCUAAACCACAGCCCUAACCCAAAUCCUAGUUCAUAUCUUAGUUGUAGUCAAAGUCAAAACCAGACUAAUCAAAAUAUGCAUUACCCACACAAUCGCGGUUUGCACCGCAAUCAGCAUCUCGAUCAAAGUCAGAAUCAUUUCAGUCAACAGCAUGUACGCAAGAAAAAUAGUAAUUUUAAUAGUAAUUAUGACAACAACAACAACAACAACAACAAUAACACUACCAGUUAUCAUGAUAGUCAUCAAAAUAAUCAAAAUCGAAAUCAUCAUAAUCAUUCGAAUUUGAACAAAAAUCCAAAACACCACAAACAUAGCCAUAACCAUAGCCAUAGCCAUAGCCAUAACCAUAGCCAUAAUCAUAACCAAAAUAAACCAACUAAUCACCAAUCCCACAUCCCUUUAACAUAUGAGUCCAAUUCCACAAACACAACAACAACAACAAUAACCGAAAAUAGUAACUGUACUGAUGAUGUGAAUGUAACUUCUUGUACUGACAUAAUUUCCCAACGUGAAUUAUCAACAUCUCCAAUAUUAUCUUCACGACGACGACGACGACAACAACAACAACAACAACAAACACACCAAAUGAUGCCACAACUCUUGAACAACAACAAUGUGAAACACCGGCAUCGACGGCAACAACAAAAACCUGAACAACAUAUGCUAUUAACAACAACAACAACAACAACGCCGACGUCAACGCCAACAAUAACAACAUCAUCUGCCUCAUCAUGCAAACAACAACAAUCACAAACGCAACAACAAUGUACUGUGAGUACAUCUUUAAUGUCUUCCCGUUGUAUAUCGACAACAACAACAACAACUACAACUGCAACGUCCAAACAAUUGUUAUUUAAUGUAACAAACAAUAAUAAUAAAUAUUGUAAUAAUCAAAAAAAUACAAUAACAACGCCAACAUUACCAACGCAUGUACCUGCCACAUUGAUGACAACAACAACAACAACAACAACAACCAACACACCAAUCACAUCAACACUAUUGAACUCUCCAACAUCGACAACGUCAUCUGCAACCAUACCGCACACGUGCGUCCCUUCCGGCACGCAAACGCCAACAAUUGAAAUUCCACGAAACUCGAAUGCUCCCACCAACGGUUUCACUUCACCGUCUUCUAUUUAUAAUCCCUCCACUUCAAUUUCCACUUCUUCCUCCUCUCGGUCUUCUAUUCGGGCUGCUUUUCGUGCAUCGUCGCCUUCUACGAUGCUCGCUAAUGCAACAACGGGUGUUCGAAAAAAUGUCGAAAAUGUAUCCGCCACUGAAAAUAUAACAAAAUCGUAUGAUAACAACAAUAACAACAACUACAAUAAUAAUAAUAAUAAUAAAAUGUGUUUGAAUUACUCCGCUUCGACUGAUAACAAUUUCAUUUGUGAUAAUAUUAAUAAUGCGAUAACAAAUAAUUAUACCAACAGCAACAGCAGCAACAACAACAACAACACCUAUCACCAACAAUUCAAUAGCAAUUCGAUGAGUUUUGGUCAACAACAACAACACUCACGGCAUUUGCGCUUCAGCAGUAAUGGCCGAGGUAUGGAUAAUAGCGGCAAUCACAGUGAAUAUAGUAACAACAACAACAACACUUACCGACGUGGCGGCGGCAGUGGCAAUCAAAAUACUAACAGUGGCAUUUCAUCGCUGACACACCGUCAUAAUGGUGAAUAUUACGGUAACAAUCAUUAUAAUUAUCAACAUCAUCAAUAUGGUGAACAUAGCCGGCGACACAACACCAACAACAACAACAACAACAAUAGCAAUAGCAAUAACAAUGGCAGUCACGCAUCUAGCUCAGGUUUAUUUGAUAGGAAUAAUAAUAAUAGCAACAACGUCAAUGGGAUUGGCAACGGAAAUGGAAGCAGCAGCAGCAGCAGCAAUGGCAACAAUAAUGUGCAUUUUGAUGGUCAUUCCCGUGUUAACGACUUCUACAACGACAAUCGGUCUGAAAGAGCAAGCGUAGCUGAACUGAAUAGUAGUAGUACGUCGGGCAGCAAUAAUAGCUACAGCUCCGGUCGUAAUAGCAAUAACCAUGGACGUCAGCAUAAUGGUGGCUCGGGUAGCUAUCAUUACCAUCAUCACUACAACAAUGGACCGUCAACCUCAGCGGCGGCCUUAGCAGGUGCGAGCGGAAGUGUUUCGAGCCUCUUGGAUGUUCCCACUGGUUCUUCUGGCAUUCUGGGUUCGACUUCUUCGCUGAAUAGUGGUCCUAAUGGCUUGAAAUCUGAUAGUCCGUCACGUAAGAGGCGACGUAUAUCGGGGCGCAUGACCAGCCAGUCACCGCCAGCGAUUUGGGAGCAACGCCGUUCACCUCGCACUCAUCUACAGCAGGGAAGUCCACCUAUACGACGUCCACGUUUACGUGAAUCCGGCUCGGCGCAGCAUAUACAAGGCCAUCACAACAAUAACACCAAUAACACUACCAAUGGCAAUAAUCUGCAGAACUAUCAUCAGCCUCAGCAUACCAUGCAGCACACACCUUAUUAUCUUCGUCAGCCGCCAUCACUGCAGCAACAACAGCAUCAUCAUCAACAACAACAGCAUCAGCAACAACAACAACACCAGCUUCAAGCACAAUCCCUGCAACCACCCCCACAGCCACAAGCACAACCAUUGCAACAACGCUCGCCAUGGGAGCACCCAUUGACCGCUGCCGCAGUGUUAACUGGCAGCAAUCCGACGUCUGCAGCCGUAAAUGCUUUAUUUCAGCAAACUCCACCGCCGCCACAGUCACCCGGCCACCAUCAUCAAACUUCGCUGGUGGGCGCACCACCGCCACCGCCACCGCUAAUGCUGGAUAUUAAUCAAGUUCCUGUUAGCCUGCCCCUACGUCAUGCCGAACCGAUUUGGGCAUCAAUCUGCACCUACCCCGCACCACCACCUCAGGCUAGAUUAGCACCAUGCCACUUGCACGGCAUUUACACGCAACCCUUUGCUGCCCAAGCAUGCAACACGCAUCCGAGCACUCAGUUCACACCAACGACCGCCGGUUUCGCCGCUGCUGCUGGUCCUCCGAUUCAAAUGACCCAAACUCAGCAGGUGCAGGUCAAUGCUGCUGCAGCUGCACAGCAACAGCAAUCACAACAAGCUGCUGCUUUAAUGGCAGCCGCGUCAGUAGCCGCGGCCAACUAUCAACAUGCUGCUCAUUUGAGUCAACGCAACGAAGCAACUGUCGCUGCAGCCGCAUUAGCGGGUCUAGCGCUCGAACAAGCCGGCGCUCACCAUUUGGAUGCACAUCAAGGGCAUCCGGCUGGUGUUCCUACAACGGCGGCACAUCACAAUCAGCUGCAAACAGCUCCAAUCCACAUUACGUCAAUGUCAGCUGUUGCGGCCGCAGCAGCACAUCAUUUGCGUAGUACACCAACAGCAGCUGCGGUAUCACAAAUGACUGCAGCACCUCAACCGAUUUUGGUUUCUGCAGAGAGACGUGUUUUCCCGCCGCAUCGUCGUAUUACCCGUUUCUGGCCUGCCAAUCAUCCUCACGGACCACAUCGGCAUAUGCUUCCACCGCAGACUUUGGGCCCACACCAGGCGACCCCUGUGCAAAUUCAAACAACCGCUGGCAUCAUAAACCCGGGCUUCUUGCUUAAUUUCCUUGCCAUGUUCCCGCUCUCACCCUAUAAUCAACACGAGUUAAAUUCGCCAGAUUCCAAUGAGACGGAAAAUUACGAAGCGUUGCUAAGUUUGGCUGAGCGUUUGGGCGAGGCGAAACCGCGCGGUUUGGCGAGAAAUGAAAUCGACCAACUGCCUAGCUAUAAGUAUAAUCCGGAAACCCAUAGCGGUGAUCAAACGUCUUGCGUGGUUUGUAUGUGCGACUUUGAGUUGCGGCAAGUACUGCGAGUGCUACCUUGCUCUCAUGAAUUUCAUGCAAAAUGUGUUGACAAAUGGCUAAGGUCGAAUCGAACCUGCCCAAUUUGCCGUGGCAAUGCUUCGGAUUAUUUCGAAAAUCCCGACCAAUUACAGCAACAACAACAACAGCAGCAGCAGCAACAGCAACAAACAUCACAAGCACAACAACAACAGCCCCAAAUACAGCCACAAUCUCAACAAACCACACCAGCGCAGCCAGCAACAACAACUCAAACUCCACCAAUAGCCUCAACUACGCAGUCCACAGUGCAGCAGGGUCAGCAGCAGCAGCAGCAGCAGCAGCAGCAGCAGCAGCAGCAACAACAGCAACAGCAACAACAACCACAAAUCCAAGCAACGCAAGCGCAUUAAAUGAAAAAAUGAACGUCGCACUUCAGCUUAUGAGAGAGAGAAUAAAUGAAUAUACAAAGUAAAUACCAAAAAAUGGAAAAAAGCAGUUAUUUAGCGGUACACCCGUAGUAUUAAAAUAAAAAUAAAAAACUGAAAAUUAAAAAACAUAAAAGCAUAAAAGCCAAGCACUACUAUUCUAACGUCCACGUCCAAUACUAGAUGUAUUUGUAUGUACUUCUUUGUGUUUCCAAUAAAACCACCUUUAAGCUAGAAAUUUAAUACAACAUGCAUACAUACAUAUGUACGAGUAAAUGCAAGUUAUAAGAAAUGCAUAAAUUGGUUUGUGUGUGCGUAUAUUUGUGUAGUAAACUGACAUACAUACUACAUAUAUGUAUGUACAUAUGCAAUUGUAAUCCAGCACAAUUUUAAUCAUAUUGGAAU